UACCCUAAUGGUGCUCUUAAUUACACCUUCAUACAAGCUUCGGAGAGAAUGCGUCGUAUGAGGCGUAGUUGUUUUCCACCAACUCCUCAAAAUGUGAGCCAUCUACACACGUUAAUGAUAGAAAAAGAUAACAGCCAGUUUGCACAUACAUUCCAAGAACCGCCUAAAAGGUUUUAUCAAGGUCCACUAAUGGUGAAUGGCAACAUUGAGGGGUUGUUGUUUUGCAAUACAGCAAAUAUUGAGGAAAUAAUGCCAGAAUUACAAAAUGUCCGUGUUGCUGGAUGUGAUGGCACCUUUAAAGUCGUACCAAAGUUUUUAGAAAAUAGUGUUAAUCAAUUAUUCAGUUUUCACGUGAUUUAUAAAAAUGUUACUUUUCCGCUAGUACAUGCUCUUUUGACUGGGAAAACUCAAGAGAUUUAUGUGGCAUUGUUGUUAUACAUAAGAAAUGUGCUGCCUUUAGUAUACAACAAUGUCAUAAUAAUAACUGAUUUUGAGUUUGGUCUCAUCAAUGCAGUAAAAAUUGUAUUCCCAGAAAGUCAACAUCAAGGAUGUUAUUUUCACUUCUGCCAAGCUGUCAUACGUCAUGCAAGAAAUAAAAGGGUUAGAGUAUUCAAUUUAAUGAAAACUAAUCCCAUUGCUGCACGUGUACUUAGAAUGAUUCUUGCUUUGCCGUACUUGCCAGCAACACGGCAAGGGGAAAUCAUUCCCUCAAUGGUAGAUGGAUUUUACUCAAUUAUUGAAUAUGUCAAUCAAUACCCAGAAAUAGCAGCACAACUUCAAAAUUUCUUGUUCAAUUAUGUUUGGGAAUAUUGGUUUGACACAUUGGGACCGUCAGCAAUAUCUGUGUUUAAUCAAGACAUAAGGACCAAUAAUUACAUUGAAACUUACCAUGCUUCAAUGUUGAAACUUAUUAAACCACACCCUAAAGUUUGGGAAUUCCUUAGUAUGAUUUAAACUACUUUAAUUUUGCAUCUUUUGCUUUUUGUCAUAUUUGUUUAUUUUCAACUAUUAACUUGUAUUUAUGUGUUUGCUUGUAGACCAUAAUUUGGGUUUAAUUUAUAGGGGUAAGUAUUUUCUAUUUUAGGAAAAAUUAAUGUUAUUUCUAAAUGUUGCACGAUAAAAUUCAUGUUUUAACUUAAUUUAAAGUUUAAAGAAUACUUAACUUAUUGAUGGCAAGUAUAUUUAGAUAUUCAAUAUGUUGGUUAAAUGUUUCAAUAUUGAAGAACAAAUGAAGUAAGAAGAAGUAAAAUGGCAUUUUUAAAGUUAUAUGUAUCUAUGUCUUAGGUAAGUAUGAUAUAUUUCAUAUGUAAGAAUAAGUUUGUAUGAUAGCAAAUAGAA